AUACGUUGUGUGCUGACGCGUCGGCACUACGUGUCCAGGAAGUCAUCCAGUCAACAUGGCGGCGCAACAAGGAGAUGUUGAUGAACUCUUCGAUGUGAAAAAUGCUUAUUAUAUCGGCAGUUAUCAACAAUGUAUAAAUGAAGCCCAGAAAGUUAAGGUAAUUAUCUGAUGAUAAACCGUUUGUACAAUGUGGCUAAGCCUAUAUAUUUCUCAAGUGUAGCUGUAUUACACUGGACUGUAUAGCUAACAAAUCAACUAGUUAACAUCGCUGUUGUAAUAGGAAUGAACUAUCUAACGUUAGAUAGCUAACGGUAAAACAACAAAAAAGUCAACUACUUAUUUUCCUCUUUGCAGCCAUCAACACCUGAGAAGGAGGUUGAGAGAGACAUGUUUCUGUACAGAGCCUACGUUGCCCAGGUAACUAAACCAUUGCACAUAGGAACACUCAGUUUAUAGGAGUGUCAAUUUUUGUACCACCACCUAUCAGGAAGUGCAAUUAGCCAUCACACCUCAUUCUGUCUUGUUUCAGAGGAAGUAUGCUGUGGUGAUGGAUGACAUCAAGGCCAGCUCCUCGCCAGAGCUCCAGGCUGUCAAGAUGUUCGCUGAGUAUCGCUCCAACGAGGGCAAAAGGUCUGAACCCAUUAGUGUUCAGGAUUGUGAUUGUAAACGGUCAGUACACAACUCACCUAAGAUGAUAUGCUCUUUGUUGACUCCUUAGCUGGCAUUACAAUAUUGUUGUUUUUUGUGCAGGGAUGCCAUUGUGGCUGAACUUGACAAGAAGAUGGCCGUGGUGUAACAAUAUUGCUGUUGUUGCUUCUUGUGCAGGGAUGCCAUUGUGGCUGAACUUGACAAGAAGAUGGCCAAGAGUGUAGAUGCGGACAACACAACCUUCCUGCUCAUGGCUGCGUCCAUUUACUACCAUGAGAUGAACUCUGACGCUGCCCUGCGGACCCUGCACCAGGGAGAAAGUCUGGAAUGGUAAAGACAAUCACAGGAUACUAUUCACAUUUGUAAACCCUGUUUUUAUGCGUGAUUCAGUACGUUUAUGUCCCUCUUUUUCUUUUCAGCAUGGCAAUGACCAUUCAGGUGCUGCUGAGUUUAGAACGUGUUGAUUUGGCAAGGUAUGUCCGCUCCACACGGCAUCUGAUUAAAUGACUUUUAAGUAAAUUGAGCUAAAAGGAUUCAGCAAAUUGAAGAUAUGAUUCAGUGUUGGUCAUAUAUGGCAUUGUUUACUUAUUUUGACACCUGUCAUUCAAAGGAAAGAGCUGAAGAAAAUGCAGGAGCAGGACGAGGAUGCCACACUGACCCAACUGUCCACGGCUUGGGUCAACAUCGCUGUUGUGAGUGUCAGCCCAUAGUGAAGACCAGUGAAAAAAAUUAACAGCUGCCAAAUGCGGGUAGAUUUAGGUAUUGGCAGGCAAGAAUGUCUAUUUCACAAGCCACGUAGGCGGGUGGUGAAUUUGCAAGGUGGUCAUUCCAUUCGCAUUUGCGAAUAAAAAUUGGUUAAAAAGUAUGAGCACAUGUGUGAGUUGUGGUUUAUAGCAGGAAAAUGCUGCAGUAGCUGUUUUCAAAAUAUUUCUGCCAUUUUGUUUCAUAGCUGCUAAUCGCACAAAGAAAUACACAUCUAUAUCCCACCUCGCACAGCAACACUGCCUGACUGGGGAGCUUUGUGCACUGUGCUGAUAGAUUCAUUUUUGGAGGUGCUGUGCAAUGGCAUAAGUUUGUCUAAUUUACUCAAGUCUACAAAGUGAGACUUUGUCCUUGUUGUUUUGUUCACAAGCUUGGUUGUUUUUUAAAGUUAGUUUGAGUCUGCUGUUUCAACUGAUAGCGAAGAGAUGCCGUCUACUACUAGUGCAAUCCUAAAUCUCACACACACAGACACACGUGACACGACUCAAGUGGCCCCGUUAUCACGGUAACCUCCCGCCCUUAAAGUGGCUGCUGUAAAUUGUCUCAUCUGACAACAUUUUUUAUGAAAUUUAGCAAUAUAUCACAUUACUUCUUACUAAAACAUUUUUUGUUUUAGAAAGAUUACAAAGCAUGGUCAUCUGUUUUUUUGUGUUUUUGUAUGGCGGGAAAAAUAUUUUGGCUGGUAUAAAAAUCUGAGUGGCUGGUAGAUUUUUCCAUCUACCUGCCACGGUGGCUGGUGGACCAAAAAUAAAAUGUUAGGCCCUGAUGAAGACCCCCUACAUACUAGAAUAUUUCAGUGCAACGGGCCCUAUUUGCCCUCCACCUGAAAUAAAUGGGCUUUUAUUGACAGAGCACCACUCUCAAUGUAAAAGUAGUCAUCACUUUAUGAUUGAAUUCAGCUUUUUGCUCAAUCAUUAAGAAUAAAACUCAAUUUCAGUCUUUCAUCUGAUCAACAGAAGAAAAAAAAACUGGAUUUUUGAUGACUCUUCCUUUUUUCCUUUUUUCCAGGGAGGAGAGAAGCUGCAGGAUGCUUACUACAUUUUCCAGGAGAUGUCGGAUAAGUACUCCCCAACUCUGCUUCUUCUGAAUGGCCAGGCUGCCUGCCAUAUGGCCCACAACAAGUGGGAGGAGGCAGAGGGGGUUCUCCAGGAGGCACUAGACAAGGUCAUUACUUACCUCAAAUGCACUCUAAUAUCUUAAUCCACUGCAGACAUAUUUCAGAGAUUAAUCUGUUGAGAUGUGUAAAGGGUUGAAUAAAUAAAGAUGAACACUAACCGAUAGUAUAAUAUUAUAGGACGUUACAGUGACGAAAUUGAAUAGUACCAUUUGAAUUAGUUUAACCAAUUAGUGAUGUCUGUUGUCUCAUCCAACCACAGAGCAAUACAAGUUUAAUGUCAUCAUAAGGGAAAUACUUGCAACUUUUUCAAUUGAACAGUAGGUGGCGGCAAAUGCUAUAUAUUUUUUGGUCCCAAUGGUCUGCAGUUAAUCUGAGAUGAGAAAAAAUUAAUUGGCCAGAGUACAACCAAUACCAUGUUGGGUUGUCAUGGAAGACUGAUCCUUGGUUAAGUAAUUACACAAAAAGAUAAUCUGUGGGUGUUUUCCAAACUCUCAUAGUCUGUUUUCUCCCUAACAGGACAGCAGCCACCCUGAGACUCUGAUCAACCUGAUUGUGCUGACCCAGCACUUGGGCAAAGCUCCUGAGGUGAGAUUUUGGACCUAUAUGGGGAUUCCUCAGGGUGUAUCAGGUUUUGCCACAGAUACUGAGAAAUGUUUGUCUCAAUUUAGUUUUGUUUUUGGUUUGUUUGGCAGACAUUAUCAAGGCCUUUAAAUGGCAAAGGUUUGCCGAUAUCUUGCACUUUAGUGCCCUUCUUAAACCGCAAGUAAUAAACUCAAUAACACAAUAUUCUAGAGAUAAAACCUUAAAAAUAUCUGCUCUGUGCCAGAUUGAGGUGAUAGUGAGUAAAUAAUCAAUAGAAUCGUUACUUUCUACAGAAUGCUUUCUUCAAUGGGGGUCAAAAUAAUUGCUGAUAAUUACCCAAUCAAGGAUAUUAGAACGUGUAUAAAGAGUAGACCUUGUUCUAAUGAUUUAUGCUCAAUUAUCUUUGGUAGUAACUUCCUUAAAGGGAUUAUCUGGUACUUUUCUAUACUUUUUAGUAGUUCAAAAGUGGUCUCCAAAAAUUGCAUCACAUACAGUGCAUUCGGAAAGUAUUCAGACCCCUUGACUUUAUCCACAUUUUGUUACGUUACAGCCUUAUUCUAAAAUGGAUUACAUAGUUUUUUUCCCUCAUCAAUCUACACAUUUUCUUUUAGCAAAAAAAUAUAUAUAUACUGAAAUAUCACAUUUACAUAAGUAUUCAGACCCUUUACUCAGUACUUUGUUGAAGCACCUUUGGCAGUGAUUACAGCCUCGAGUCCCUCUUGGGUAUGACGCUACAAGCUUGACACUUGUAUUUGGGGAGUUUCUCCCAUUCAUCUCUGCAGAUCCUCUCAAGCUCUGUCAGGUUGGAUGGGGAGCAUCACUGCACAGCUAUUUUCAGGUCUCUCCAGAGAUGUUCAAUGGGGUUCAAGUCCAGGCUCUGGCUAGGCCACUCAAGGACAUUCAGAGACUUGUCUCAAAGCCACUCCUGCGUUGUCUUGGCUGUGUGCUUAGGGUCGUUGUCCUAUUGGAAGGUGAACCUUCGCCCCAGUCUGUCCUGAGUGCUCUGGAGCAGGUUUUCAUUAAGGAUCUCUCUGUACUUUGCUCCGUUCAUCUUUCCCUCGAUCCUGACUAGUCUCACAGUCCCUGCAGCUGAAAAACAUCACCACAGCAUGAUGCUGCCACCACCAUGUUUCACCGUAGGGAUGGUGCCAGGUUUCCUCCAGACGUGACGCUUGGCAUUCAGGCCAAAGAGUUCAAUCUUGGUUUCAUCUUACCAGAGAAUCUUGUUUCUCAUGGUCUGAGAGUCCUUAGGUGCCUUUUGGCAAACUCCUGUCUCGGAGCUCUACGGACUUUCCUUCGACCUCAUGGCUUGGUUUUUGCUCUGACAUGCACUGUCAACUGUGCAACCUUAUUUAGACAGGUGUGCCUUUAAAAUCAUGUCCAAUCAAUUUAAUUUACCACAGGUGGACUCCAAUCAAGUUGUAGAAACAUCUCAAGGAUGAUCAAUGGAAACAGGAUGCACCUUAGCUCAAUUUCGAGUCUCAUAGCAAAGGUUCUAAAUACUGGGCCUCCCGAGUGGCACAGCGGUCUAAGGCACUGCAUCGUGGUGCUAGAGGCGUCACUACAGACCCGGGUUCGAUCCGGGUCUGUGGUGUUAAGAAGCGCGGGCGGGUGUUAAGAAGUGCGGUUAGGCGGGUCAUGUUUCAGAGGACGCAUGACUCGACCUUUGCCUCCCGAGCCCGUUGGGGAGUUGCAGCGAUGAGACAAGAUCGAAAUUGGGCAGAAAAGGGGGUAGAAAACAAAAUUGUAAAGUUAUUUCUGUUUUUAUUUUUCAUUAAUUUGCAAACAUGUCAUUAUGGGGUAUUGUGUGUAGAUUGAUGAGGAUAAAAAAAGUUUAAUCCAUUUUUGAAUAAGGCUGUAAUGUAACAAAAUGUGGAAAAAGGGAAGGGGUGUGAAUACUUUCUGAAUGCACUGUAUGUGCAGAUAUGUGCACCACGUCAUUGCUCUCUCUCUCGCUCUGCUGUGGGUGCAUCUUGUGAAAAUGUAGGGAUAAUGGCGCAGCACAGCUUCCAGAAAUAUAGUUGCUUUCAAACUAGGGAUUUCGUGGCUAAUUGAGGUAAGACAGUAAUUCUGUUAAUAGAUUAUGCAUGUAUGAACUACACAGUGAGUAUGUUUACAUGCACACUAAUAAUUAGAUAUUAAACUGAUUAUGGCAGUAGGCCGAGUAUGCAAUAGUCAUGUAAACACCUUACUCUGCUUAUCUUAAUCGGGGUAAGGUCAAAAUGUAAGUAAGCAUAUGCUGAGUAAAACACAUGGUUUUCUGAGCAAUCUUUUGAGUUAUUAGGACAUGUAAACACCUUAAUUGGCGUUCCAGCUGUGUGUUUGAUUUGCGCAUGUACCAGUACCAGCCGAGUGAGCCUCCCUCUUCAGCGCGAGUGAAGUGUGAGUUCGGAAACAACAAUGUAUGUCUUAGAAGUAGUUUUCACAUACAAACUUUAUAUGUCCGAACUCGGAAUCAAAUAUGCUUCCCAAAAAUAACAUGUUCGCUGUGGUAGAACGUUUAUUUUGAUUGGCGAUUCUCUGCAUUUAUCAGAGUGCCGUCAGGUAGCCUGAUUUCAGAUGUGUUCAUGUAAACAGGAUUAUUAGGGAAAUUGUUCUUCUUGCAAAGCAUGUAAACGUUUUAUUGGAAUAUUAUAUUAAUCUGACUAUCCUCAAUAAUCACAUUAUUGUGUGCAUGUAACCGUACUCAUUGACACAUCCAGCCCAAAGCGGAAUGUUUAAAAAAUACUAAGUAGUCGCUAAAGUUCAGGAGCAUGUCUUUAACAUCAAUCUGUUAUGCAUCUGUUUGCAGGUAACCAACAGGUAUCUCUCUCAACUGAAAGAUGCCCAUAGAGCUCACCGCUUCCUUAAAGAUUACCUGGCCAAGGUAUGUUGAUUACAUUUACCCGUACACAGUUCUGUUACAUCUUGAAUCAAUGCAUUCUUCAGCUGUUGGUCAGUCUUUGCUCUCUUGGAACUAAAUUAAAUUAUUUGAUUGGUUGCACUGUAGGAUAUCUAGUCCAAUGAGAUCAUUUAAAAACAGUCUGACUUUGACUCAGACUUCACUACACAUAAUUACCCAAUAAAGAAGUGUAAAUAAACAUUGAAAUGUCAGGUUGUAUCACUCAAUGGACCAGUUUAUUGCAGUGCACAGCAGUUUUACUAGUUUAAUAUGUUCUACUGUGUGUUAAAUGUUUCUUAUUUCUUGCCUCAGGAGAAUGAAUUUGACAGACUGGCGAUGCAGUAUGCUCCCACUGCGACUGUUUGACACAAUGGAGGAAUCUGUUUGGACCCCAAAACAUUAUGAAUACUGGAUACACAACUGAUUGCUCCAUAUCUAUUUUUGUCUAUCAAUAUGGAAAACUCAAAACUGUAUGGAUUAAAAUUGACAUGCACAAUAUUAUUACCUUAUGUGGUGGACAACAGAUUUUCUUUAUACUCCGAAGUAGUUGUAGUACAUGAAAUGUCCCUUUUGAUAUUGUCUCUUAUGUUUAACAUUUGCAUUUCUCUAAUUGUAAAACUGUUUUCUCUAAGCAUUCCUCUGAAUUGACAAUAAAUGUUUUAUGACCCUGUGUGUGUCAGUGUGAAACGUUCUAUUGAAAUUCUUGAAAUGUGGCCCGAUGAGACUUGCUAGAGGUAGACCCAUCUUUUCCCCCCUGU